UCGCAUGAAUAGACACACAGGCUAGGGUUGUAGUGUACUGGAAAGGGGGUAGGAAAUUACUCUGAAUGAUGAUAUAGUUCAAGAAGAUAUGCUGACAAAAUAAGGCACUAGGGAAACCAGCAUUCUUAUAAUGAAAGUGGGGUUUCUCAGACAGAAUCUGUGACACUGAGAUAAAUCCCUUAACCACCGUGCUCUCCGGUCUCUAACGCCAGAUGUGAACAGUGCCUCCUCUUUCGUGCUACAGCAGCCUUACUUUCGGAUUGGUCAAUAACCAAGCGCUUGGUUCUUCAGAGCACUGAGAGUUACUGCCGAGAGACCUAGCAACUCUCACCAUCAAAGACCGCAAACAGCCUAUUUCAAGAGGCGUGGGUAAGUAGCUGACUUAACGGGAAGCGCAUGGUGCUGUGGUGUGUACCCUAGGUUAGCCAGUGGACAAGAGUUCUGCAUGGAGACCAAUGCGAUUAACAGAGCUGAGUGAGUGGAAUGGCCGGGACUGUCGUUGUUUUGAGUCAAACUCACUUUGCUGGGCCCCACAGCCUGGUACUGUGUGGGUGCUAACAGAGAGGAACAAAGCAUGUGGACCACAUCUGCCAUGACAGUCAACAUGUCUGAGGCUGAGCCAGACCACAUUAACUGCACCAUCAGCCAUGAGAUCCACCAGUACCUGUUCUCUGUGGCCUACAUCCUGGUUCUUUUGAUUGGCGUUCCCACCAACGCCUACUCCCUCUACCAUGCCUGGCUUCAGCUGAGAGACAAGAACGAGCUGGGGAUCUACCUACUCAACCUGACCGUGUCAGACCUCCUCUACCUGGCCUCUCUGCCUCUCUGGCUGCAGUACAUCUUCCAGGGAGAUGACUGGAGACAAACUGAGUGGCUUUGCCAGCUGUGUGGCUUCCUGCUCUAUGAAAACAUUUAUGUUAGUAUCGGAUUCUUAUGUUGUAUCUCUAUAGACCGUUACCUGGCCGUAGUGUACCCAUUCCGCUUCACAGCUUUUCGAAGUAUGCGGGCAGCCACGUUGGCCAGCGCCUUCAUCUGGCUGAAAGAGAUUGCUGUGGGUGUUGUCUUUUUCAAACACAAAGAGCUAAGCAGGGACAGCACCAACCAAUCGGUGUGCUUUGAGCACUACCCCAUGCAGCCGUGGGAGUACCCAAUCAACUACUACCGUUUUGCCGUUGGCUUCCUGUUCCCACUAGGCAUCCUGUCCGUGUCAUAUCUCCGCGUCCUGCGGGCGGUCGGAAAAAGCGUAGGCACGCAAAGCACCCAGAAAACACGCAUCAAGAACCUGGUGACCAGCACCAUUGUCAUUUUCCUGGUGUGUUUCUCUCCAUACCACGUGUUCCUGCUGGUGCGUACCAUCUUAGAAAGAGACUGCCCCUUCAUAAUCAACAUCUUCAACUACUACCACGUCUCCCUGCUGCUCACCAGCUUCAACUGCGUGGCCGACCCAGCGCUGUACUGUUUCGUCAGUGAGAGGGCCCAGCAGGGGAUCCAACAAGCCCAGGAGGCCUGUACCCAGGCCCUCUGCUACUGCUGCCACAGGGGACAGCACAGCCCCAUCACAGCCACAGGUACAGACUCCGAGGUGGCCACCUCCAACGAGAACAGAAAAGUCUCAGUCACACUGCUGGCGUCUAGUAGUAAUAUUAAUAAUACAUGGGUUUUAUGAAGCUCUUUUGAAGGAGCUAAAGACACUUGAUUAUUAGACUAUGAGCUAGGGUUGGAUUUGGAGAGAGAAGGUUGGGGAAAAAAUACAUACAGUGACAGGACAUUGGACAUGAGACAUUGGGCAAUGAUAUGAUUGUGGGCAGUCCCAUGAGCAGUAACGUGAGGUUCAUAGGAACCCAUCAAAUAUGCUGUCAAAUGAAAGCUAAGAGUCUAUAUUUUUGCGAAAUUAACGCAUAUAUACAUUUUUCAACCAUUUCCAAUGCAAAAAAAAUGUGGAAUAAGCAAAGGCUUUGAUUUCUGUUCAAACAGAUAGAAAAGGGGUCUUAUAAAACAUCUACCAGAAAAAGUCUUAAAGGUAUUAGAAAUACAUCAAAACCCAGUAAUGUUGCAGUAAAGACCCUUCCAAGUAAUAUCUAUAUAUUUAGUUUUGCAGAAAUUAUUUGACGUCUGUAAGUUUAAGGAAUGUUGCCUAGUGUCUAGUCAUUCUCUUACCAGAAACAUAUCUUUAAGAUAUUUUCUAAUUUCUCUCCCUCAUGAGGAGGGAGAAUAAUGAAAGUUCACAUAAGUAACAAUUAAAGGUAGACCUACCGGUUUUAGUGUUUUUACUGAUAACAAUUUGGUUUAUGAUUUAUUAAGUGAUUUAAAACGUGUCAUUUUGGUACCAAAUUGGUAACGGAAUGGCUGCAACUGAAUUGGCUGCAAUGGGAGUUCAUACUAGUUACAAACCAGGUGGGUCAUCUGCUAAUGUCCUCCCUUCUACUGGCAUACUGUUAUGUUCAGCUCAUAACUGUUUUCUUUCUCUUUCCGUUGUGUGGCGGUCAAAGCAAGAGUGUGAAAACAGUCUGGACAACCCCGCCCUCUCUCUCCCUGUCUCUCUUCUCUCUCUCCAGUUGAAGUCACUUCUCCUGGUUCUUAUUGACACCUAGCCAUGACUCUCAUGAGCCCUCUCUAUUUCCAUUUACUGUAACUGGCCCUCUCACCCACUGAGCACCGACUGACACCGGACGUCUUUGGACGUGGAAAAGUAGUUUACAUUUUGUCAGUCCAAAUCUAAACCAGUCAUAGAUGUCUGUUUCUACUGUACUGUACUGACCUUUACUGUACUGAACUAUACUAGGCUGUACUGACCUUUAAUUUUCUGAACUAUACUGUACUGACCUUUACUGUACUGAACUCUACUGUACUGUACUGACCUUUACUGUACUGUACUGACCUUUACUGUACUGAACUCUACUGUACUGAACUCUACUGUACUGUACUGACCUUUACUUUUCUGACCUGUACUGUACUGACCUUUACUGUACUGAACUAUACUAGGCUGUACUGACCUUUAAUUUUCUGAACUAUACUGUACUGACCUUUACUGUACUGUACUGUACUGACCUUUACUGUACUGAACUCUACUGUACUGUACUGACCUUUACUUUUCUGACCUGUACUGUACUGACCUGUAUUGUACUGAACUCUACUGUACUGAACUCUACUCUACUGUACUGUACUGACCUUUACUUUUCUGACCUGUACUGUACUGACCUUUACUGUACUGAACUGUACUGUACUCUGCUCUACUGUGCUGUAUUUUGAUGCUGUACUUUGUUGUCCAAACGUGUGAAAUAAUGACAUCUAUGAUUGGUACAGAUUUGGUCCGAACUGGACCAACCAAAUUUGGUCUUGUUUGGGGCCGGAGCUCAUUAGAAUAAUAGCCAUUGUGUAGAAUAAUACCCAAACAUGCAAAGAGGGAUAUUACAUUUGUUCUACCUUUGUGUACUUUUUCAGGAUACAUCACAAUGAGGAGAAGGACAUUCAUAAUUAUACACUACGGUAUAAUACAGAUCAGGGUCUCAUGAUGUGACCAUCUGUUUCCGGGUGUUAAUCCACUUCACUUACUGUAGUUCAAUAACCAAAGUAAAAAAAAAUCUAACUCAAGUUGUCAUAUCAUAGCUGACACCGAUUCUUUCUGCAGACAUCUUUGAAUCUUAAUUUGGAGUAAAACAUGGUCCAAAAAAACAGAGGGAGAUUAUAUUGGCAUUCUGUUACCAAACUUUACAUCUGCACUGUUCUUCCAGUAAAUGUAUUUGUAAAAUAUUCAGUGGAAAUUGUUAAAAAUAGUCCUUGUGCAUAGAGCUGUAUGUUUUGUUGAACUUUGCAAUCAAUGGUUUUUGUCUGGCAUACAGUCUGUGUCAUUCUGUUACAGUGGCCUUGGACAUAUGACAUAGUAAAAGUCUUAUAUUAAGGUAUAACAUAUGAAUAUGAUGCUUUUUGUUUUUAAAUGAAUGUUUUAUGCUUUCUUUAACAUGUGCAGGACACAUGCACACGUGAUGCUGCCUUGUGUAUAAGCCUGAGUUGAAAACUAUCUUGCUUACCAAGUUCUUUCUGCAACAUUGUCAGGUUUUUAUCUUUCAUCACAUUAUGUAAUAUUCAUUGUGUGUUUUUGGUUUUGGGAGUGACUCUGAAUUCAUACGACAUAUCAGCACAGAUACGACAUAUCAACAUAGCCUCUUGACCAAACUUAUCUCUAUUUCCUGUUUGUUUAUUUUUAAGUACACUGAACAAAAAUAUAUAAAGUGUUGGUUUCAUGAGCUGAAAUAAAAUAUCCCAGAAAUGUUUCAUACA